GGAGAUUGACAAGAUCUACGUUGCUACAAGAUCAGCUUUCUUCGCAUUCCACCCUGUUCUCAUACUACACAUUCGCAACUGUUCCGCCAUGGCAAACAAGAACAAGAAUAAGUAUUCGGUCAUCCUUCCGACAUACAAUGAGCGCAAGAACUUGCCAAUCAUCGUUUGGCUUCUGAAUGAAAGCUUCACCAAGAACAAUCUCGACUACGAAGUUAUCGUCGUCGACGACGGAAGCCCUGACAAGACCGCAGAUAUUGCCAGACAACUCGCAAAAGCGUACCCGGGUCGAAUCGUUCUCAAGGAGCGACAGGGAAAACUGGGCUUGGGCACGGCAUACGUUCAUGGACUCCAAUUCGCGACCGGUAAUUUUGUCAUCAUCAUGGACGCCGACUUCUCCCACCACCCCAAAUUCAUCCCCGAGAUGAUCCGCGUGCAGGAAACCGCCGACUACGACAUUGUGACCGGAACAAGAUACUCUGGCAGCACUAGCGGCGUGUUUGGCUGGGACUUGCGUCGCAAGCUCGUCUCCAAGGGCGCAAACAUCUUUGCCGACACGAUCCUGCGGCCGGGCGUGUCCGACCUCACGGGCAGCUUCCGUCUGUACAAAAAGGAGGUGCUGCAGAAGGCCAUUGCCAAGGUGCAGAGCAAGGGCUACGUGUUCCAGAUGGAGCUCAUGGUCAUCGCGAAAAGCAUGGGAUACACGGUCGCUGAAGUGCCGAUCACGUUCGUGGACAGGUUAUACGGAGAGAGCAAACUUGGUGGAGAUGAGAUCGUGCAAUACGCGACGGGCGUGUUAAGUUUGGCGAUGAGAGUUUGAAAGCGUCUGCCAAAGUUUGGAGUGUUUAGCUGAUCGCCUUGGAACAAGUGAGAACUUUAAUAUGUUGAACGGGAGGGUAGAGGGUCUUCCGCGAUACCAAUUAUGUGUACAUGGCUAUUGAUUUUGUAACACCAGCUUUUCUGAAGUCUAUUCAAGACCGUUGCAUCAUCUGCGUUCUAAGGCAAGACCGCAUUAAAUAUCUUCUUCAUCUAGCUCUCGCAAAGCCUGCUCAUCAGCCACAGGUGCUCUAGC